AUGAGUGAUCUCCAUAAGAAGCUUAUUAAUAGACAGAAAAAUGAGUCGUUUGGACUCGCACCACUAGCUGAAGACCCUAUUUCGGAUAAUGAGGAUUCUGAUACUUACUUUUCUUCAACAGAUCACGAUCACAAACUUGACCAGUCAUUUUAUGAAAAUGCAAAGAAUGACACCUUCCCUAUUCGCGAUGUGUACAUUCAUAAGGAUGGUCUUUACUUUCAAACUUACUACUCACCCCCAUCAUCAUUGGAUGCGCCCAUCCUAGUAUUUCAUCACGGAGCUGGUUCAUCGGCAAUGACAUUUUGCUGGUUGGCUCAUUUUUUAAAAAGCCUCCCAGAGGAUGAGAUCCCUGGUAUUUUUCUCUUCGAUGCUCGAGGUCAUGGAGAUUCCUCGAAGAUCCCAGCCGACUUCAGUUUGGCGGCAUUUUCAAGGGAUUUUGCAUUUGUUCUCCAAGAGUUUUGUACGCGUCACAAGGUUGAUACCUCAAUAUUCUUAGUUGGUCAUUCUUUGGGUGGGGCGAUCUUGACAAACUACAUCAUGAAUUUCGAUCACUCCCACUAUAAAAUCAUGGGUUUAGUGAUGAUAGACAUUGUUGAAGAAACAGCUGUGCGGGCAUUAUCGUCCAUCAGUCAUUUCAUAAAUCGACGACCCAAGAACUUUCGGUCUUAUCCUGAUGCUAUACAAUGGCAUCUCAAUUCUCAUUUGCUUAGAAAUGAGACUUCUGCUAAAAUAAGCGUCUCUGCAUUGCUUCAACCUAAUAAUGCUGGUAAUCUUGAUUGGAAAACAGAUUUGUCUCUCAUGGCUAAUUUUUGGGAUUCUUGGUUUGUCAACUUGUCAGAGAAUUUCAUUAAAUGUGGAUCAAAUUCUAAUAACCACCUAUCGAAGCUACUAAUCCUUUCAGGGAACGAAAUUUUGGAUAAAGAGUUGAUCAUUGGCCAGAUGCAAGGUAAGUAUCAGUUGAUUGUCUUCAAUAACUCUACAAAUGCAGGUCAUUUUCUACAAGAAGACAUUCCUAUGCAGCUUGGAAUCAGUAUUACGGAAUUUGUGAGAAGAAAUUCUGUUGCUGAUAAAACAUCAUCGAAGAAUUUAAUCCGCCCAAAAUGGGGUGGGGAGGUAAAUCAAUGA